AUGUCCUUUUCUUUUGCAAAGAACUUCAACUUUCAGAACUUCUCCAGCUCCUUGCAAGGUUCGCUCAAGGAAAUCUCCAAGGAUGUGAAUAAUGCAUUGAAGCCUUUGAAUGAGAACUUGCAACCCUUCACGCAGAAGACCUUUAGGCUGAUUCAAGGGCGAUUCAUUCCCAACGAAGAUGUCAGUGAGUUGCCUCAGGAGUACUUGCUUUUGGAGAAGAAAUGCGAUACCUUAAGAAAUGUGUACAAGCAACUUUUGUCAGUGACCCAAACGUACGAAAUUGAGGGCUACGAUUAUCCUCCAAAUUUGAAAGAAUCAAUCGUGGAUUUCUCAAAGGCAUUUAGCGAGAAAGUCCAGGGUCUAGCAGCUGCCGCCACAACAGAAGAAGCAGAGAAGAUACUAUCAACUCCUUCUUCUAGCCAGCAAUACCCUAAUACUUUGGCUCAUGCCUUAUCCAGAGCUUGUUUUAGCUCAAGAAAUUUAUUAUUAAAAAUUGAUCAGAAUAGCAAUAGAAACGCAUUGGCAAAAGUUCUAUUCUUACUAGGUGAAAGUCAAAGAGAUAUUGGUGACAAAAGAUUGGAUCAAGAUAAGUUAAUCUUUCAAGAAUUUAACCAAAAGAUUCAAGAUAUCUUAAAUAAGAGUUUUAAGGAAACUACUGACGAUAGAAAAAAAGUGGAAACCUCAAGGUUAGUCUUUGAUCAACUAAGACAUGAAAUCAAACUGGAUAAAAUUAAAAGGGAAAAAUUAAUUGAAUUGAAUAAUAAAUUAGAAAUAGCAGAAGAUGAAUUGGUUAAUAACACUGCUCAGGCAGUUAAUUCAAUGAAAAAAUUAAUUGAUCCACUAGAAUCAAUAAAUUUAAUUAAAAUCUUUAUCAAAAUUCAACUAAAUUAUCACCAAUUUAUUGUUAACAAAUACAAUACUUUAUUAACUGAAAUUGAUAAAAUACCAAUUGACGAUGAAGAAGAAGAAGAUGAUGAUGAUGGAGAAACUGACUCAUCUGAUGAUGAAUGAAAUAUUUUAUAAAUUUCAUAAUUUUUAUAAAUUUAUUAAAUAUAAGUUUAUAU